AUGGCCGUCCUGUCAACGCAGUUCACGAACGACAUGGAAGAGUUGCCUGUAGGCAAUCCACCGCAGACUAGCAAGAAUCUUACAUUGUCGCGCAAAGUCCAGAGCGAGCUCAAUCUCGUUGCCAUUCAGAAGACGAGGCCCUCUCGAUCUUUCACUAGUUCGGUCGCUUCUGGCUUCUCGGGAGGAUCUGGCGACCCUUUGCCUGACGAGAUGACGAUUCUGGAGCACACCGGCAUGGAGCCAGCCACCGAAUGCGAAGCUCUUAUCGCUCUUCGGGCACUCGGUACACUUGUCGCAAGACGUCGAGGUCUAGAGGUGAACAGCUUCAAUCAUGGUCUCAUGAUGCUGUUCUCGCAGACUAGAUCGGCAGAGAAGUUGACAGCACAUGUCGAAGAGGAUGAUACCCAGACCCCACGUCAAAAAACCAGCUCUGACAAUGGAACGUACGAGUAUUUCGACCAAGGCCUUGCGCCGCGGCAUACCCUCCGAAAAUUCCAGUCGCAGCCCCAACUCAACACAACCCAAAAGCAUCGCCGACAGUUUUCUUUCGAGCCUGGGGCUGACCAGCUUGAAGCACUCACGGAGGAAUUGAAAGCGCUUGAUGGAGAGGCCAAUGAGAGUGGUUCUGAUGAUUCAGACACCCCCCUUCUCAUGCGUACUGGGCGCCCGGCGCUUGAUACGCGAUCAAUCAGAUCGACUUCAUCGUCCCAAACUCUGGGUGCGGACUUGGGCAAGCAUUCAAAGAUUCCCAGCCCUGUCCAAUCCUUGGGUCGUAGCCGUCGAGCAGAUUCCGCUUCGAGCAUCCAGUCGGUCUAUGCCAGGCCUCAGGACAGUCGCCGUGGGUCAAGCUCAAGUGUUAUUACGGCAUUCCGCGAAAAUUCGAUCGGAAGCAUGCGACCGGAGCUUCAGAGCAGGAACAGUUCUAUCAACAGCCUGCGUAUGCCAGACUCUCCGUCGGCAUUGAGGAACCAACAUAGUGGAACAGGACUGCGUAACACGAUCACGGCUAUUGCAGCAGCGAGGGCUGCAAGUGAUGCAAGUCAAUCAUCGUCACUGGUCAGCUCAAGGUAG